AGGCAGUGUGUUGUGGCCAGAGUCAAGGAGGAAGCACAGGAGGAGGAGAAUCUCCCCUUUUCACCCCGUCUGGACUCUGGUCAGGACCUCAGAGCUGAGAGGGCUCAGGCAGGAAAAAGGCGAAAAAGAUGAAGAAGCUGGUGGUGUUUUUGCUUUGCGUGGUCCUGCUGACCAUUUACACAGAUGCAAACCCCAUAAUCAAGGAGAGCGUAGCUAAGCAGCUGCUCCGUACCAAGAGGCAGGAUCGGCCAAUGAAGGCUGGCUACCCCGAUGAGCCAAUGAGGGAGCAUCUGCUCCACAUGCAGGCUCUGGAUCUGAGGGCCUGGGAGACCAACUUGGAGCACUGGCUGAACCCUCACUGCUACCCACGCUGCGACAGAAACUAUGGACACCCGGUUUAAAAGUAAAAGGCCUGCUGUGACUGACUGACCGUGGACUGAAGCUGGAGUCUCUCUUCUCAUUAUCUUUCAAUCUAAUGACCAAAAUAUGCAUGUGUUGUAUUAUAGAGUGAAUUCUUUGUAAUUUGCUCCUUUACUCCUUUAUUUCUGUAGCUGCACAGACUGAAAUUUGUUAAUGAAUAGAAUAAAAUAAAAUAAAAUA